AUGUCCCCCUUUGAGGCAGCCUAUGGGUUCAACCCGAAAACCCCUUUGGAUCUUAAACCAUUACCCCCAGCUGAAGUUGUCAGUCUUACCGGGGAAGCUAAAGCUGCUUAUGUCAAAGAACUCCAUCAGAAGGUUCAAGAGAAUUUAGAGAAGAGGACUGAGCAGUACACUAAACAUGCCAACAAGGGCCGCAAGGACAUUGUAUUUGAACCAGGGGAGUGGGUUUGGUUACACAUGCGGCAAGAAAGGUUUCCUAACCAGAGAAGUUCCAAGCUGAAGCCAAGAGGGGACGGCCCAUUUCAAGUUGUUGAGAGGAUCAACAACAAUGCCUACCGUCUUGAUCUGCCAGAUGAACCAGUUUUGAGGUCAAAACCUUUUGAAGAGGGAGGGAAUGAUGAGGAUAUUCAACCAGAGCCGGAACCAGACUUAACUGAACCUGAUAUCCAGGACAUGAUCAGCAACAUAACCAAAUCAGAGACAGUCCAAGAAGUGCCAGUACCAACCGUAUUCAAGGGAGCUAUCACUAGACAAAGAGCUAAGGUUAAACUGGCUGGUGAACCAAGCUUGAAGCAAGAUGAACUAAAGGAUGCAGAACCGGUUAAGGAGAAACAAGCAUCAAGUGAGGAUAUGUGGCCAUUCAUCCCGGAGCAAUGCCACACCAACCUGAUGAUCAUUACCAUGGAAGAUCAACUUGCCUAG